CCGUCACGCCCACCAGAUCGGAAUCCAGCCACGAGAAUUCCCCGACCGGUCACCAUCGUCUCAUCCGGCUCCGGCGAUCUCCUACUCCCCCUGUUCCCCGCCGCCGCCGUCCGCGGGGGUCCGGCCGAGAUGGGGAGCACCUCCUCCAUGCUCACCCAGUACGACAUCGAGGAGGUCCAGGACCACUGCAACCACGCAUUCUCGCAGCCGGAGAUCGUGUCCCUGUACCACCGCUUCUGCCAGCUCGACCGCAACGGCGGCGGCUUCGUCUCCGCGGACGAGUUCAUGUCCGUCCCCGAGUUCGCCGUCAAUCCCCUCUCUCAGAGGCUCCUGAGGAUGCUGGAUGGGCUCAACUUCAAGGAGUUUGUGGCGUUUUUGUCAGCGUUUAGCCCCCGCACAAGCCUGCAGCAAAAGAUGGAAUUUAUUUUCAGGGUCUAUGACACUGAUUGCAAUGGGAAGGUUGCAUUUGAUGACAUGUUGAGCAUCUUGCGAGAUCUGACGGGUUCAUUUAUGACAGAGCAACAGAGACAGAAAGUCUUGACUCAUGUGUUAGAAGAAGCUGGCUACACAAAAGAUUCACAUUUCACUCUCCCAGACUUUAUGAAGAUUCUUGGCAAUUCCGAGCUCAAGAUGGAAGUUGAAGUUCCCAUUGACUAAUAAUUUAAUAAGUAUCUGUAUAGUUGUACUAUCAUGCAGUUGCCCAGAGUAUGUUAAUUUAUGCUGGAUUGGGUUGAUGGUUUAUUUAUAUCCUUGUAACUCAAAUCAUGAUCAGAGUUGUAAUCAAGGAUACAUCUGUACUUGCUGUUGGCCCAAAAUGAUCUUUUCCAUUCCA